AUGACCGCGCGCGCAACCUUGCUCAAGACCAUGCUCCGGCGCUCCUUCAAGCGCGCCGUGUCGACGUCAUCGACAGAGUCGCAAGAGUCUGCACCAGCGACAGUGGCUACACUGAGCGUCACGGACGGCACGGUGGACCCCUUCUUUGAGCAUUUUGAUGAGCACUUUCCUCUCGACGAUGCGCGUCCCAGCCUCCUUGACGAAGACGACACGUUUGCGAGCUUGUUCGAGGUCUAG